CAUAUGGCCCAUUCUCCCCGCCAGUCAUGGCGAAAAUACAACACAUUUUGUCAACUUUCAAGAAAGUUAAAACUCCAUAUAGAUAACACAACCCCUCUUUACUAAUUAACAUCACUCCAAAAUUCCACAUUUGAGUUGUAUGCUUUCUCGUUUUGCUGCAAUUAAUGGCAAAGAAUAAGUCAUUUUUGUUAUUCUUUCUUGUUUUGAGCUUCAUUUCUGGGAUUUUAUCACAGUAUGAGUUAGAGGAACUAACAUGGUUAGAUGACAGAGAUGAUGAGAUUUCUAUGUUUCAUAACCAGCAUUCUGCUAUGAGAAGAUGUGAUUUAACUUCUGGAAAAUGGGUUUAUGAUCAAUCUUACCCUCUUUAUGAUUCUAGUUGUCCUUAUCUCAGUACUGCUGUAACUUGUACCAAGAAUGGCCGUCCUGAUUCUGACUAUGAAAAAUGGAGGUGGAAACCUCAUGGUUGUGAAAUUCCUAGGUUUAAUACAUUGGAAUUUCUUGGAAGGAUGAGGAAGAAGAGAAUAAUGCUUGUGGGUGAUUCAAUAGUGAGGAAUCAAUGGGAGUCUCUUGUUUGCUUAGUUCAAUCUGUUAUCCCUAUGGCUAGAAAAACAGUAACCUAUGUUGGUCCUACUAUGGCCUUCCAUGCUAUGGAUUUUGAGACAACAAUAGAAUUCUGCUGGGCACCUUUUCUGGUUGAAUUAAAAAAGGGACCAGAAAACAAGAGAAUAUUGCAUUUGGAUAUGAUUGAAGAGAAUGCAAAGUAUUGGAGAGGAGCUGAUGUUCUUGUUUUUGAUUCAGCUCAUUGGUGGACUCACUCCGAUAAAUAUAGUUCGUGGGACUUAAUAAUGGAAGGAAACAGUUUCUAUAGAAACAUGAACCCAAUGGUUGCCUAUGAGAAAGGACUAAUGACAUGGGCUAAAUGGGUAGACUUGAAUCUUGAUCCUCGAAAAACUCGAGUUUUCUUCAGAAGCAUGUCGCCUCGACAUAACAGGGAAAAUGGAUGGAAAUGCUUCAAUCAGAGGGAGCCACUGGAAUUCUUUAGCCACCCUCAUGUACCAGAACCGCUGCUGGUGCUAAAAGAAGUACUAAGAAGGAUGAGUUUUCCAGUAUCGUUCCAGGAUAUAACGACGAUGACAGCUCUAAGAAGAGACGGGCAUCCUUCUGUCUACAGUAAGUUUGUAAGCCAAACAGGUAAGCAGCAUUUAGAAGACUAUAAAUCUGAUUGUAGCCAUUGGUGUCUUCCCGGAGUACCUGAUACCUGGAACGAAAUGCUGAACGCCAUGCUCUAAUUAGUACUAAGAUAUGUCGACAUAGCUUAGGAGGUCAUCAUUGAGAUGACUUGUUUUUCAGUGUUGAGUUCUCGUUCCUUUUUAUUUUAGCCUGAUGUUUCUAGCACUUACUUCAGUGCUGAGUGUUUGAUGUAAACAACUGAUGCUUCUGAAUGCGCAUAACUGUGUUAGUUCUUGAAGUCUAAGCAGUUUCAUAUGUGCAACUUAAUGAAAUGAGAGGUGAUUUGCCUUCUUGA